AUGCGUCUUUCAGAACCUGUCCGGUGUCAUCGGUGGGGAAUGCGGACGGAGAGGACUUAUCCACGCCCCUCACGUUGCCAACUUGGCGAGAUCCUUUCCCCUCUCCCUCCUCCCCGCCCGGAAACUGGGCGUGGUUUCCUUUUUUUGUGCGUGCGCGUUGACGUCACGCCGGAGGCCAUAUAUAAGACCCGGCCGUUGGCGGCGCCACUCCCCUCUCCACAGCGACGCGACGAGACGGAAGACCUCGCUGAGGAGAAGGCCGCCAUGUUUAACAAGAAAUCGAUGGUGCUGGUUUGCGGGGGCGCCCCGAGCAUGGCCCCGAACACGCCGGCCUCACCUGGAGCCGGCGGAGGCGUCGGAGAAAGUAGCGGCGGGAAUAAUAACGACGGCGGCGGCGUCUCGGUUCCGAAGGCCUCAGGUCUUUUCUCAGAGAGGCCGCGCCCUCUGAUUGGCGGGGGGCCUCGCGCCGGACCCCUGAGGGCGCUGAUUGGCCCCUGGGAGGGGUCUCAGCGGGCGCUGAUUGGCUGCGACGCUGAGGGAGAAGGAGAGCAACCAAAAUGGCGCCCGGCCUCCCUGCCGCUGCCUGAAGGGGAGCUCGACGGCUGCGAGGAAGCCGAGGAGGAGGAGGCCGCGACGGUGCCGUCUUCCACCCCCUCGCCGGACAAAGAGAUGGCGGAGGAGGAAGGAGAGAAAGGGAAAGGAGGGCCCCCUCUCUUCCCGGACCACCUGCGGAAGACGACGCUGGAAGUGGUAGGCCGCUACCUGCGCGAGGCCGCCGACGAGGCCGGGUCCAAAGGCACCGGGCCCAAGUUCUCCUUCCAAGGCUUGCUGGGGCGCUUCGGGAGCAGCCCCAACGAGGCGGAGGUGGCGCGCGCGCUGGAGACGCUGCGCCGGGUGGGCGAGAGCCUCCGGGAGAAGCACCUGCUGGCCUUCCAAGGAAUGCUUAGAAAGUUGGAAAUAAAGAAAGAAGAGGACUUGGCGUCUGUGGCAGAAGUGACAACAGAGGUCUUCAGAGAUGGCAUAAUAAACUGGGGCCGCAUUGUGACUCUCAUCUCUUUUGGUGCCUUUGUUGCCAAACACCUGAAGAGCAUAAACCAAGAGAAUGCUAUCAACACUUUAAUAGAAAUUAUCACUGAUGUGCUGGUGACGGACAAGAGAGAAUGGCUAUUGAAACAUAAUGCCUGGGAGGGAUUUGUUCAGUUCUUCCAUGUAGAGGACAUAGAAGGUGGCAUCAGGAAUGUUCUGGUGGCUUUUGCCAGUGUGGCUGGAAUAGGGGCAGGCUUGGCCUACAUGAUCCGGUGAGCCCAAAAGCCAUUCCCUCACUUGGACAAAUCCUGUUCCUGCUGCAACUAGAAAACUGAGCUGUUCUUUGAAAGUUGAUGGGAGGCUAAAACACCUGGAAUUCCCAUGGAAGGGGUUGGCUUGAACUGGCAGGUAUACAACAUAAACCAACGAGAAUGUCUUUGCAGAGACCUCUCUGAUGAAGAAACAUGCACUCUGCUCCCUCAGAAGCGCCAUAAUGAGAAGCUAUGAGUGCUCCAGGGCAGGCUUGGUUGUGGACUCAAUCCAGGCCUGGUCAUGAGAGAAAGAAUCUUGGUCCAGUGAACUGCAUUGGUCAGUUGCCGCUCUUGACAGCCUGUUCCUGUUUUUUUAACAAAAAGUUCUCCUUUUCUCUGAAGAAGGAAGUGUUUUGAAUUGUUGGGACUUUUCUACUUCAUAUUUUAUUUUGAUUCCUCCUUUCUUUAUAACAUCAUUUUUGUGGCUGAAUUUAUACUUUUCUCCAAGAAAGAAAAAAAAAGAAGACAGAAAAUAGAAUGACUCCUGUAAGUUGGCUGCUGGAGACACAGCCUACGCAUACAGUGAUGCUAAAUCCCAUGAGUGGAUCUGAGACAGGCUUGUAGAUGUCAGUUUCUCGAAGGGCUUCAGUUUGUCGAAUCCAGAGUUAAAGUUGUCUUGCUGUUGGGCUAGGUUGUUUUUUAGUCUAUGCCGUACUGUUAACUUUGCGUAUUAGGCAUAUGUGGUGGAAGAUGGUGCUCUGGUCAGAACUGUUUGUUUACAUUCACUUUAAUAAAACAAUUCACAGGUUUUCUGGUGGGUCUCUUCUAUUGAGGCGGAGACAUGCACUCAUCGAGUCUUUUGUGGUCAAAUAAUUGUAGCCUGAUAAGCCACUCAAGGCCUAAGCAUGGUCUCCUUCCCCUGCUCUUUUUACUGGUAGUAACUAAAAACUCCAGGGCACCUGUUAAUAGAAACGUCACAAGGACUUGGAUUGUGUUUUUAUGAAGAAGCAGGCAGAUACAGAGACUGCAAAAUGUUCUUUCAGAGGUUAUCAUUGCUUGUUCCAGGAAUGAAAAACCGUGGCCCUCCACAUAUUUAUGGGCUUAAGCAUCCUAUCAGUCAGUCCCAAGCAGUCAUGGAUAAUAGGCAGGAGAGCCCCAGGUUCCUUAUUCCCCCCUGACUUAUGCCCUUCUGGUUCCCAUGUUGUUUUCCUUCUCUGUAAGUUGUAGGAUUAGCUCUGCAUAGUUCAUGUAACAUGACUGGUUGUUGUAGCUAACAAGUUCCAUUCAUUUCAGUAGUUGUGUUUUGACCUAUGCCAACAAUUUUACUUUCUCCUGUAUAACUUAAGAAAAAGAAUGAAGAGGUGGAGGAGGGAACAUUCCACUAGCAAAUGUCCAUUAUGUGAUGCAUUAAAAAACCGACAGUGUUCAGAUUCCUAACACUGUUUUUUUCAAAGA